GUGCAGUGGCUUCAUGUAGCACUGGAGUUUGGAGCCAAGUCACAGGUUCUUAGAAUCACUAUAAAUAAGAUUAAGUGUAUUUCCCUCUUUUCUAAGGGACAGGGACAGGUAUUAGGAAAGGUUAAUAGAAAUGCACCAUUGACGUAAAGUUCACAGAUGUAUUGCUGGUCUUGAACAUUAGUCCAUUUGACAACGCCGGGGAGCUCAGCACAUCAGUAUGGCCAAGUAUAAACUUAUUAUGCUAAGACAUGGAGAGGGUGCUUGGAAUAAAGAGAAUCGCUUUUGUAGCUGGGUGGAUCAGAAACUUAACAGUGAAGGAAUGGAGGAAGCUCGGAACUGUGGGAAGCAACUCAAAGCACUAAACUUUGAGUUUGAUCUCGUCUUCACAUCUGUCCUUAACCGGUCCAUCCACACAGCUUGGCUGAUCCUGGAAGAGCUGGGGCAAGAAUGGGUUCCUGUGGAAAGCUCCUGGCGUCUAAAUGAGCGUCACUAUGGAGCCUUGAUCGGUCUCAAUCGGGAGAAAAUGGCUUUGAAUCAUGGUGAAGAACAAGUGAGACUCUGGAGAAGAAGCUACAGUGUGACCCCGCCUCCCAUUGAUGAGUCUCAUCCUUACUACCAUGAGAUUUACAACGACCGGAGGUAUAAAGUGUGUGAUGUACCCUUGGAUCAACUGCCUCGAUCUGAAAGCUUAAAGGAUGUUCUAGAGAGACUACUUCCCUAUUGGAAUGAAAGGAUUGCUCCUGAAGUGUUAAGAGGCAAAACCAUCCUGAUAUCUGCUCAUGGAAAUAGCAGUAGAGCACUCCUGAAACAUCUGGAAGGUAUCUCAGAUGAAGACAUUAUCAACAUUACUCUUCCUACUGGAGUCCCCAUUCUCCUGGAACUGGAUGAAAACCUGCAUGCUGUUGGGCCUCACCAGUUCCUGGGUGACCAAGAGGCUAUCCAAGCAGCCAUUAAGAAAGUAGAGGAUCAAGGAAAAGUGAAACGAGCUGGAAAAUAAAAUCUUUCCCAAGUGCGGGCCAGUAAUAGAUGCAAAAGGACUGGCGUGUAAUGGGUGCUGAUCUCUCUCUCUCUUUUUUCUUGAUUUUCUAGAUUUUUCCAGAGCUAGGCUGUGGGAACAGUUUGUAUAGGUAACUUAACUUGGCCCAGAGAAGGCUCUAGGAUGCUUGAGUGCUUAUGUCAUAAGCCUUAUGAGUUAUCUUUCCUGCUAGCUUUAUUUAAAUUAGUUUCCAAACUAGUAACCAGUGAGCUUUAAUCAAGGUCAUAAGUUUCUGAGAUGGGAGCCCAUCUCAGAAAUAACAGAGAUGAAGUUUAAGUAUCAUCAUUCAGAAAGUCAUUACUGAGUCACCACUGAGAAGCACUAUUCCAAUAAGUAAUUCAGUUUUAUAUUUAAUGAGACUUUUUGGAAUGAUAGUAAGAAAAAUUAGAUAAUAAAUAAGUAUUUAUUACUAGUCUUUUCCUCUAGGAAAAGGGAUGCUUUGAGAGUAAGACCAGAGACCCAUUAAAUGGGACAGUAACAUGUGGGUUCCCCCAAGAAAAACCCACAACCACCACCACAGUGACAGCAACAACAAUAAAACCCUUUAAAUUGUCUCUAAUUGAGAGACAUCCUUUGUUUGACGUUUAGUAGAAUUCCUCUUUGAUCACUAAGAUGAGCAGCGUAUAGAUAACUAUGGCUGCUUAUGUUCUCUUUUGUUUUUGUUUUUUGAACUUUGAUCUUUGGGUACUUGGUUUAAAAAUAAAGUUUUGUGACUGCAAAUGACA